GCCCAGCUGUUUCUGACAAUUCUCGCCGGUCACGUCCAAAUUUCGGCUCGGGCUCUAAUUGGGCGCAAUUGUAAAUAUCGUCGAAGAUGUGGCCAAUUUUAAUGCAUUUUUUACGCACCAACGCGGUGUACAUCACUCUCCCGUUCGCUGCUGUUGUCGGAUUUGUCGGUUACAAUCUAGAAAGUAUUCUAUCCGAUAAAAAGACGCCAUACAAUAAAUCUAUCCAGGAAAAUCGUGCUGAGCGGCUCACCGAUGAGACCCUUGCCUCCGAUCCGACGAAAGUGGAGAAGCUACGCUUGCAUGAGAAUGUUCUCGGACGAAAUUUACCGCCCUCUUUACAAGCGGCCAAAUGAAUUCUGAACUUCCAUCAAAUGUGAUAGCUUCCUCUUAACUUCAACAAAUCUUAUUGUUAAGGGCGUAACGCGCCAGCAGUCACAAAUAGUAUGUGUAAAUAAAAAUAUCGAUUUCACGGUUAAAAUAAAUUGUCCAAGUUA